GGCGCCGUGGGAGGCUACUCAGUGAGGCCCUACCCUGCUGCUCGUGUGUGCACAACUGCUUCACUCCAGCUGCCCCCCUGAACCCGCAGCUGACUCGCGCGUCUGUGGGAGUCAGAGAGAGGAGGAUCUCAUCCGCGCUUGAAGACAAACCUCAAAUAUGGCCGGGAAGAUCCAGAGUCUGACUGAGGAGGAGAGAGCCCACCUUCUGCCGCUGCUGCAGAACGCUCAGUGGAUCGAAGUGGUCGGCCGUGACGCCAUUUACAAAGAGUUCAUCUUUAAAGACUUCAAUCAGGCUUUUGGCUUCAUGUCCAGAGUGGCGUUACAAGCUGAGAAGAUGGAUCACCACCCAGAGUGGUUCAAUGUUUAUAACAAGGUGCAGAUCACUCUCAGCACACACGACUGUGGGGGUCUCUCCCAGCGCGACAUCACCAUGGCCACCUUCAUUGACCAGGCCUCGCUCAUGUGACCAACACACUGUCAUCAUUCCAGUGAGCUCCUCCGAUAGAGGGCGCCUUGUACCAAACAGUCUGAGUCUCUCUUCGUUCUAAAGUCUAUUGCUGCCUGUGUUUUGUUAUUAAAGUGUGCAAAUUAA